AUGAAGUCCGCAACCGUCAUGUCCCUAGCUUUGGCAGUUUCCUCUGUCUCUGGGUUCUCCAUUUCAAAUACCUUGGCAAAAUCAUCGUCGUCAUCCUCUCUCGUACUUCCAACAUCAACACAACUUUAUGAAUCAAUCGUAUCUCCCUUUGACGAAGGAGGUGGUGCAGAGACUGUGGAAGGAGAAAGAACGGAAGGCAAACCCCCUUUGGAGGGUCCAUUGGAAUUGACAUGGGAAAAUGUGGAGGCCGUCCUUGACGAGAUGCGUCCCUAUCUCAUUCAGGACGGCGGAAAUGUCGUGAUUUCGGAAAUUGAUGGCCCAGUCGUCAGAUUAGAGUUGCAAGGAGCUUGUGGCACUUGUCCAUCAUCGACACAAACCAUGAAGAUGGGUUUAGAGCGAGGACUUCGAGAAAAAAUUCCAGAGAUUCAAGAGGUUGUUCAGUCUAUGCCUGAGGGUCCACCUUUGUGUGAUGAUGAAAUCAAUGUUGUUUUGGACGGUGUCCGGCCAUUCUUGCAAGUAGCAGGUGGAACCAUUGACAUUGAUCGCAUUGAAGGAGAGGGAAGUUUGCAACCGACUGUCUGGUUGGAAAUGAAGGGAAGUAGUGCAAGUCUAAACUCGGUCAAACUAGAAAUAGCACAACGACUGCAAAGGCAUUUUAUGAUGGCCGGAUUGCAAAUCCAAUGGAACGAGUCCUAA